UUUCAAUAAACAAACACAAAAUGUUCCCCAUUUGUCUUCCAAUCUUCCUCCUCCAACCACACUUCCAUCUUUUCAUCUACAAACCGAAUGCUUAACCUUCCGACACAAUCAUGAUUAGACCGGCCCACUUUCUAAAUCGCGCAUAAAUAAUUUUUUCUCCCUCUUCAAAGCUCAAUGCUCAACAAUGCAAGGCUCUCGGGUAGUCAAGAAGCAAAAACUUCAACAACUCAGGGGAUGCAGAGCCGCGUUGUGUUGCAAUUGCAGGCUUAGCGUGUCAUCCUCUGAGGAAGGUGCUGAAAGCGCCAAUUCCAAUAGGUUUGGAACAAUAUCAAGCCUUGCACACGCCAUGGUUCAAGAGAGGCUUGAUCAAAUGAUUAGAGAAAGGCGUGAGGCAAGGCAGGAAGAGAGGAGGAGGGCAAAAGGUGAAAGUAGUACUAAAUUUAUCGUUAUGGUGGCAAUGGAGAAGUCUUCUUAUGAUCCUAGAGAGGAUUUUAGAGAGUCUAUCGUGGAAAUGAUAGUGGCUAAUCAGAUUUAUGAGGCUAAGGAUCUACGACGCCUCUUGAAUUGUUACGUUUCAAUGAAUUCUGAGGAGUACCGGGGUGUCAUACUAGAGGUGUUCCAUGAGGUCUGUACUGAUAUGUUCUUAAGUUGUAAAUGUCAUUGACAGAAAAUGUAACAUUUUUUUAGAUGAUUAGUCCUGUUUAUGAACAUGGAUAAGAGAGGAUUGUUUCUGUGUAAGGUGAAGCUUCUGAGUGUCUAAAAUUACCUUCUUAUCCUUCAAUUUAGAUAGGCACGUGACUGUGUUAUGUCGAACAAUACGACCAUUGACACAGCAAACUAACCAGAUUAUGGAAAAAUGAGGUCCAACUCUAAAAUCAGUGCAGCACUCAAGGCUAAAAUUAGUUUACGAAGAGCAAAGGUAGGUUUUUUUUUUAAUGAUCUUUUUUUCUCUUGAGAAUUUCCCUGUCACCCUUUCUAUUUGACAAUCUGUAAUAA